CGCAAAACGCCGCCAGCGCUGCCCGCCGGCCUCUGCAGCACACGCAGAAGGCAGCACAAGCUGCCCCACGAACGAUGCGCACGCUCUGGCUCUGCCUCCUGCUGCUCUCCGCGAGUGCCAAGCGCAAGAAACGCAAGACAAGAAAGCAAGCUCGAAGAGAUUUGGUCGGCGAGUUCGAGAAGGUGCUGCGAGGCGAGUCCGUCGACUCCCACGUGACCUACGAGGACUUUCGGGGCCAGGAGAAGACGAUGCCGGUGCGGCAGAUGGCCGAGACGCUGGCCGAUCAAAAUCUCAAUCCCCCCUUCGAUAAGGAUCAAGAUGGUAGAUUACGGUCGAAAAUUAAUGAGGGGAGCGGGAGUAUUGAUGAAUUGGAGGGCGAUGUCAAGAGGCACGCGCACCUCGCGCGGGCGGCUCACCAAAAGCUGAAAGCUCUCGGGUAUAAUGUCGGGAGAUUGACGGGCGCGAGGAGCUGGGCCCCCGACCGGAACUCGACGGGCGAUGGCGAGGGAGUUGAGGGGAGAGACCCGAACGCCGUUGCGGCUUCUGACGCAAAGAAGCGGGGCCGACUCUGCGAGACGGUGCGGUUGCUGCUGAAAACAAGAGAUCUAAAAAAUAGCUCGCUGAAGGGCGCCGUCGCCGUGCGCCUCUCGGAAUACUACGGCGUCGCGGUAUUGAGAGCGGCCUGGGAGGUCGAGGACGGCCGGCGCGUGAGGGAACUGCAAGUCCCGCCGGACGCGAAGAAGCAGCUCCACUACCUCGUGCUGCGGCGGUUCGCGUUUGAAUUGGCGGGGCGGUUGCGCUUGGACCGGUGGCCCCGCUACGUGGUGCUGGCGCUGCCGACGGUCGCGGCGCUGGUCGCGACGCGUAGUAGGUAUUAAGUAUGUGUUUG